AUGGGCGUCAUCCGCAAGAAGAUCGCUGCACGAGGCGGCGAGGGAGGUGUUAAAUACGUUUGCGACGUCUGCUCAGCAGACAUAACCUCCACGGUUCGAAUCAGGUGUGCCCACAGCGCCUGCAAUGAAUAUGAUCUUUGUGUCCAAUGCUUUGCACAAGGAGCGUUCAGUAAUGCGCAUCAGCCACAAACACAUCCAUACCGAGUAAUCGAACAGAACUCGUUUCCCAUAUUCGACCGAGAAUGGGGUGCAGACGAAGAGCUCCUCCUUCUGGAGGGCGCGCAGGUCUACGGUUUGGGUUCUUGGGCCGACAUUGCGGACCACAUUGGCGGCUACCGAGAUAAGGACGAGGUCCGCGACCACUAUCUCCAAGUCUACGUCGACUCUCCCAGGUUUCCCCUUCCGAAGCGAUGCAGCCCCCACGACAUGGAACUGGCAAAUGAAAUCUCGAGAGAAGAGUUUCAGGCGCGCAAGAAGCGACGCAUUGAGGAGAGGAGGGAAGCCGCUAAGAACGCCCCGACCCUCCAAGCGAAGACGAAGCCGACAGCCAGUGUUCCGUCGUGCCACGAGAUCCAAGGAUACAUGCCUGGACGUUUGGAGUUCGAGACCGAGUUCUGCAACGAAGCGGAAGAGGCUGUUCAGCUCAUGCAGUUCGACCCAGGAGACGGAAUUAACCCACGGACAGGCGAGAUGGAACCCGAGAUGGAGCUCAAACUUACCGUCAUGGAGAUCUACAACUGCCGGUUGACGCAACGUGUCGAAAGGAAGAAGGUCAUCUUCGAGCACAACUUGCUUGAUUACAGGGAAAACACAAAGUCGGAAAAGAAGAGGUCAAAGGAGGAACGCGAUCUGUUGAACAAGGCCAAGCCCUUUGCGCGGAUGAUGAACCGCGUCGACUUUGAACAGUUCUGCCAAGGGUUGAUUGACGAGCUCAACUUGCGACAGGCAAUUGCGCAACUACAGGAAUGGCGAAGCCUCCGGAUCGGUGAUCUACUAAGCGGCGAGAAGUACGAGCAGGAAAAGCAGGCACGCAUCCAGAAAUCGAUACCGCUAGGUUCCAUGGACCGUGAACGACUGGCGAGUGCUCAGCGCAGCAAGCAACCGCCACCACCAGAUCCGCCAAGUGGCGCAGCUCUUCUGGUACAACCCGAGUUGCCGGCGCGCAUGCAGUCACCUCAUGUUAUCGCUGAGGCUGAGAAACUCAGCAUGAUGAAGGCGGAGGAGCACGAGAAGAUGAACGGUGGAAGUGCAAUCGUUGCCAAUGGUAAUGCGACACCGUCGAAACAGAAGUUCCUACCACAACCUAUUCCCGGGAUACAACCCCUUCCGCUUUCUCAGGACAAUGCUCCCGAUCUUCAUCUCCUCACGCCGGAAGAGGUUAAGCUGUGUGAGGUGCUCAGGAUCCAGCCUAAGCCUUACCUGAUGAUCAAGGAGCAGAUCCUCAAGGAAGCCGUCAAGGGCAACGGGAGUUUGAAGAGGAGACAGGCCAAGGACAUCUGCAGAGUCGAUCAGCAGAAGGGAGGAAGGAUUUUCGAUUUUAUGGUAAAUGCUGGCUGGGUGGUUAAGGCUUAG